AAUCGCUACCCUUAUCUCUCGUCUCUACCCUUCUCUUCGUUUCUCAUAAUCCGUUCGUUAUCUCGUCGCUAGCAAAGAACGCCCAAUCCUCGGUCCGUGGCUGGCCAGCAACCCAUGGACAGAGACACCCCAGCGGACACUGGGAUGCCGAACCUCCUGCGACUCCAUACAAAUAACUUGGCUGCGCCAUCUCUGUCUACGUCCUUUAAAGUCGACGAGGGUUACUCAGAUGAGACUAAAAGUCAGUCGGACCGUGAAUCAAAGCCAUCAACCGAAGAUGUCAUAACUCUUCCAGAUUGGCUUCUCACCCAUAGCGAGGCCGACAGAGCUGAGCUUGCUUAUGGCCUACUGCGAAGCUUGCGCACCUCGACCGUGGCUACCGUUGUCGAACGUCUCACGCCUCUUCUACACAUGGACCCUGUCCUGAAACUCCCGCCGGAGAUCACUUCGGAGAUAUUUUCCCACCUCGACCCGCAGACUCUUUUGACUGCUUCUCUCGCCUCGCGCGCUUGGCGAAGCCGCAUCCAGGAUUCGCAUCUCUGGAGGAAACUUUAUACGAGAGAGGGUUGGCGCGUGGACGUUGCAGCAAUUCGAAGGUUUGAGCAAGAACGUUCCGAACUGCAUCAAUCCCGGAAGUCCAAGACCAGAUGCCCAGACUUGGAUAUUGUGGAGCCGAAGCUCAAAAAGCGCGUGCCGUCAGGCUGGUUGAACACGCGGACCGCAGUACGAGGAACUGAUGGCGAACCAUCUUUAGAGACCGACACCUUGCUUCUGCCUGAUAACGAGGGUGAUUGCCACAUGAUUGAUGCCAUGAACGAGGAUGUCCCCUCACAUUUUACCCAGGGACAGCAAUCGUCGCCCUUCAGCGGUCGACAAAGCAGUUCCUCUGAAUCUACAUUCUCGGGAUCGUCUUCAGCCCCUUCUUCCGCUGCAUCUCCGCACUCCGUGAAAACAUCCUUGGUAACUAGACAACCCAAUGGCAGUGUCAAGGUCAAUUGGCAGCAUCUGUACAAGCAGCGUCGACGAUUAGAAGAGAACUGGAUGCAAGGCCGUUUCACUAACUUCCAACUUCCACAUCCUUCUCACCCGGAAGAGGCUCAUCGGGAGUGCGUUUAUGCCAUCCAAUUCUCCGGGAAGUGGUUGGUUAGUGGAAGUCGUGACAAAACAAUUCGAGUCUGGGACCUAGAUACCAAAAGACUAUGGUAUCGACCUCUUGUUGGCCAUUCAAAGUCUGUGCUUUGCCUUCAGUUUGAUCCUAGCCCGUCAGAAGACAUUAUCGUUUCCGGAAGCAGUGACAAGAAUGUCAUUAUUUGGAAGUUCUCUACUGGAGAGAAAAUACAUGAAAUCCAUUCGGCCCAUGAGGACUCUGUGUUGAAUCUUAGAUUCGACCAUCGAUACAUUGUUACAUGCUCCAAGGAUAACCUGAUCAAAAUCUGGAAUCGCCACGAACUCACGGCCACAGAUGAGAACUAUCCGAGAGUAUACCAGGGUUCAGGAGUUACAUACCCAGCGUAUAUUGUCGAUAUCGCUAGUAUACCGUCACCCGUGCUGGAGGCUGAGAUAGCCAACGGUCAUAUCCAGAGCGUUGCUCCGUAUUCCCUUUUGAUGACCAUAGAUGGCCAUGGUGCUGCCGUGAACGCUAUCCAAAUGAAUGGCGACGAAGUCGUCUCUGCUUCUGGUGAUCGACUGAUCAAGGUAUGGAAUGUUCGCGAUGGAUCCUGCAAGAAGACUCUCAUAGGCCACGAGAAGGGGAUUGCGUGUGUUCAGUUUGACAAUCGGCGCAUCCUGAGCGGGAGUAAUGACAACACAGUGCGCAUAUAUGAUCAUAUCUCCGGCGCAGAGGUUGCCUGUUUGUAUGGGCAUCAUAAACUGGUGCGGACUGUGCAGGCUGGGUUUGGUGACCCACCUGGAGCCGAUGAGGAGUUGAGGAUGGAGGCUCUGGAAGUUGACAACAAAUUCUGGGAUGCUAAGCGUUCAGGUGCCGCUGUCGAUCUUGGUCCACGCGCUCUCAGACGUGCUGGCCAGAGUCAGGACACCGCCGGGUCAAGAAACCCAAAAGACAUCAAGGCUUUGGGCGCAGCAAUACCGCCUGGUGGAGGCGGCACCAGAUGGGGUAGAAUCGUGUCUGGGUCGUACGACGAGACUAUUAUCAUUUGGAAAAAGGACCGGGAGGGCAAAUGGGUCAUUGGCCACACAUUGCACCAAGUAGAUGCCGUAACCAACGCUUCGCAGCAACAUCCGAGAGUCCUUACUGCCCGUGAACUUCCACCGAGGAAUGUCGCCCCUCCCCAGCAAACUCAACAGAUUCAGGCUCUACAGGGUCAUAUGAUGCUGGCGGCUGCUCUUCAAAAUCAACCUGCCCAGGCCGCUGGUCCGAUGCAGGCUGCUAACAGACCUGCGUUCGCUCAGUUGGCGGCUCACCAUCACCAUCACGGUCGUCUUCCCUUCAAUCGGGCUUUUAUUCUGCCAACUCCACAGCCAACUUCUAGGGUUUUUAAACUUCAAUUCGAUGCGCGAAAGAUCAUCUGUGCCAGUCAGGAUCCCAGGAUCGUCGUCUGGGACUUCGCAUGUGAUGACGAGGAAAUCACCGAAGCCAGCCAGUUCUUUGUGGGCCUGUGAUUUCCCAGGUCAACCAAGUACGAGAACGAAAAUACAUCCGUACAUACGACAUGGUGGACGUCUCUUUCCCACUUUCCUAUUUUAACGGUCUCGUUAUGCUUCACGCAAGCUUCCUCUCUCCCAUUUUUACUUCACGGUCCCUCCUUUUUUACUGCGUUAUUUUUUAAUCCGAAGAUCGAUCAAAAUUCUUCCCAUAAAGGCAUAUUCUUUAUUCUCAGGAGUUGCUAUAUGAGCGGGUUGCUUACAUUGCAUCACCUAUGACGCCGAUCUGAAAGGCAAGGAGGAAAUCAAAAAGGGUGUUUCAUAUGCAGCGAGAGUUCCGGCUUUCUUCCCCAUCUGUUUUUUUUAAGGUAUCUUUUUUAAUUCUUAAUAAUGGCUUCUAAUGGGUCUCCUUCCACAUAUUUACUCAAUUGAGUUUCUCUCUUGCAUUUUCUUGGGGAAAGACACAUUGGUCACGGACAUUGCCAUCCUUUUUUUUGAGAACAUAAUACGGGAUUGCAUCCUCACACCAGGAUUCUUUUUGACCUUUUUCUGAAUUUGAACUUGAGGCUUGGAGCUUGGAACUUGAAACUUGGGAUGUGGAAAGUUUGUGGAAAUGUUGAUAUUCGCCAAUGCACUACUACUCAUUGGACAUCUUGCUCAUCCAUUACAUUGGUUCAGUGGAAGCCAGUAUCCUUCUUGUUCAUCACUUACCUCGACGAUAUUAUAUCCUCGCAACCCAUCAACGAUAGUCUGUAUCAUCU